AUGACCACCAUCGCCCCAACCCGGCCCUCGUUGACAUCCAACGACGCCGCGGUCCUCCAAGCACUCUUCGACGUUGAAUCCUCUCCUUCAUCCGGCAUUAGAAUUGACCCAUCGCUCCCAUCAUGGCCAUCCGGCUUGAAUAUCUCCCAAGCAGACCUGGCGUCGCUGCAACAGCGCGAGACGGAAAUCAUCCGCAAGCUACAGUCCAGCGAGACGCCAAGCCAGGAAUGUGUCCAGUCUGCACUCAAUGAUCUUGACAUCCUCCUCGAUCAAUACCCGACCUACCCAUCGGGCUAUACCAACCGCGCACAAACCCUACGCUUGCUGGUUGACAUACUGCACCAAAGCCACGACACGCAAACCCUCGAGUCGAAUUCAGAUUCAGAGUCUGAGGAUACUCUGUUCACUCCCGAAACCACAGACCUAUCAUCCCGCAUCCUGGCAGAUCUGGGCCAAGCCAUCACGCUCGCCACGCCCGCCUCGCCCGCUGACCCGGUAUCAUCUGUGCAGGCCCGACUCUUAGCUGACGCACAUACGCACCGCGGGUACCUUCUUCUCAAGGCAGCAAGGAAGAGAAAAACUCCAUUUGGACAGGACGAUGCUGCAGCAGCCGGGCCUGAGCGUUUGCGCGGGCUUGGAGCCGAUCAGCUCGAGGAGAUGGCGAGUCGGGAUUUCUUCUUUGGGGGGCGCUAUGGUAACAAAUUUGCGCAGCAGCUGGCAGUUCAGACGAAUCCGUACGCGAAAAUGUGUGGAGCUAUUGUUAAAGAGGCGAUGCGGAAGGAGGUGGAGGGUUAA